CAAUUGUGUGCGUGCCAGUUUUUUGUUUAAUUAUGUAGGCGCAGCAUUGCAGUCUGUUUUCUUGCGAGUUUUUCGUAUAAUUUGCUCAAUUUUUGAUUUAUUUAAGUCGAGUUCGAGUGCUGCACAACCCAAUUGCUCAAACGCGCAGCGAAUAAAUUGAAAAGCACGCACUUAAAGUGAAAAAAUAACACAGUUUUGUUGAUUUUAUGUGAGAGGACGCGGCGUUGCAACAACAGCGACGCUAUGCGACCGCAUUUUGAGCGAUAAAAAGGAAAGGCGCGGCCGCACAUAACGGUUCUUGUUUGUUUUUACGACGCCAUACAUAAAAGCAGAAGUAACAACAACAACAAAGAUCUCCGCUGGAUCCCCCGAUUAACCGAAAUCCGCACCAACAACCCACCAACGAAGCCGACGAAACCCAAGCAACCACUGGCGAUGCAAUUGAAAGCGCCCAAGAGCAGAAAUAUGGCCAGUCUUAAAGAUGAAGAACAGGCGGCAACCACAAGCAACUCCACGAACAACAUCAACAACAAUAACAACAAUACGAAUAACAUAAACAACAAUCAUAGCAGUAGUAGCAACAACAACAAUAACAACAACAAAAACGAGGAUGACCCAAAGGUCAGGAAGGAGAAUUUGGAGGCCAGGAAACAGGCUUUGGAGCAGCGUCUAAGCGAAAAGAGCUGGCUGCUGCAGCAAAUUCAGAAACAGGAGACGGCCAUUAUAAAUGGCAAUUACGAGCACAUGACAGUCAAUGAAUUUUUCGUCCAAUUGGCCCAGCAGUACAAGCAUGAACAGCAACUGCAGGCUUUGGCCAGGGAAAACCAUUCAAUAUUGCGGCGGAAGCAAAGCACAACGAGCCGUGAAAGUCGAGAGAGCCAGAUGACCAACAAUAACAACAAUCGUCAAUCGGAAACGCUAUCGAAUCGAAGUUCAGAGUAUGACAAUUACCAGCCUUCCUCUUCGGCGGGAGCCGGUGAUAUGCUGGUAAUAGGCGUGGCUCAGCAGCAAGCGCAACAGCAACCGCCGCUGGUGAAGAGCGCCCUGAAAAAGCGACCCACACCCACGCCCAGUCAAAUGCAAUAUAUGCGCCAGCAGCAUCAGCAGCAAGCGCAUUUGGUGAUGAACAUGAACUACCAGAGAUCACAGCCGGAUGUCAUAUCCAUGUACUCGGCGAACUCCUCGAAUGUGGCAACUUUGAGGCAACCGCCACAAGUGGCACCCCAGCAGCAGCCAAUUAUAGUACAGUGCGAUAAAUACUACCUAUCCCCCACGCAUCAAAACUACAAUGAGGGUGGCUUCAUCAAGUCAAGUCAGAACAUCAAGAAGUAUGUUUCUCCACUGGCGUCGCCCAGCAAUCUCAGCUACGAGCAGCAGCAGCAGCAACAGCGUAAUGCAAUGCAUCAUCAUCGACAGCUAGAUGCUAUAUCCCUGGCGCCCAGUUAUGUUUCCGUGGACAUGGAUGCCGCCCAACAUCAGCAGCAAUAUCGCUGGCGCUCUCAAUCACACAUAGCCCCCUUAACACCGCCUCAAUUGGGAAUAAUAGAGGGUAAAUCGCACUCCAGCGAUAUGCUGGCAGUGCCCUUGCCGCCCAGUCGCUAUCAGCCGCACGACGAGAUCUCUUUGUCAUCCUCCUCGACGACGAUUGAAAAGAAACCGAAGCCGAAACAGUGGCUAGAAUCAUCGCUAGAUGGACCUGCUGUUAUCAGGCAGAUGGAUUCACAACCGCACAGUCCAGCUGGCAGUAGCAAUGGAAGUAGUAAUCCCGGAGCAGCUGCCAUGGUAUCUAGUAAACCCCGCGCCAAGCUCUCUUCGCAGUCCAUGUCGGUGUCGGGACGCCACUAUUCCAUGUCCAACCAGCGACCCACGCAGAACUAUCCAAGUGCCAGCUAUGCGGUGAACACCAGCUCAAAAGCCUUGUUAAGUCAAUCGACCUCGUACCUCAAUGCCAUGGAGCAAACGUUGGGGAUUUCGGUGUCGUAUCCCCUGGAACCUUUGGACAUACCAGCACUGCGAAAUUUGCCACCUAAGCCAAGUCAAAUGCAACAGCCUACGCCGCCGCCCAGACCGCCACCUGCGAAUCAGGGUCAUAACCAGAAUUUGAAUAAUAGUGGGAGUGGUAUUCCAACCGGACAACUUGGUCACGGCAAUGCUGUUCAAACGGCUUUGGUAUCGCCGCCUUUAACCGUGGCCACGGCCAGCUUAUCGCCAGAAAUUCGCAUCGAGUCGCCAAAGAACAUGACCGUUGUGCAGCAGGCCACCUUCCAGCCGUACAAAGAAGUUACCAAACCCUUUGAGAUGUCCGACUUCUACAAAUACUCCACCAAGUUUAAACAAAAAGAGGGCGGCAAUCCCAACUGACCUUUAAGGUUUCACGGGAUUUACAUCAAUUUAAUCUUAAUUAUGUGAUUAACUAAAUUAAUUUUGUAGCGCAGAGUAACUACAAAGCAAAAAGCAGCACAAAUUGUUGACCACCUAUCGAAUUUAAAGUUCGUUAGCCAAAUUUUUUAGGACCAAGGACUAACUGAAUAUUAUUUUUAUUCAAAAAUGCUCAAAAAAUCUGCCAAAUUUUGCACUGACUUAUGAAAAGCAAUUUACCGAGUGACAUUUAUCAUUUGUAUUACAUUUUAUAAAUACAAAAAAAAAGAAAACAGGACAAUAAAUCGCCUUACGACUAGAUGCCUAGAAAAUAUAGAAAUAUUUUACAAAACUGAAAGCAUUUACAAAAGAAUAACUGACUAGCAAUUGUUAAAUAGUGUAUGAAAAAUAUAUUUUUACACUAAUCGAAUAAUAUUUUUGAGUGUAUAUACAGAUUGGAAUAAGUAUAUUCACAAAGCUCUUUAAGACUAACUAUUGACAAGCAAUAACAAUAAAUAUUUUGUAUUAAAAUUUACCUA